UUGGUAGACAUGGGGUUUCACUGUGUUGACCAGACUGGUCUCAAGUUCCUGGCAUCCUGAUCCACCUACCUCAGCCUCCCAAAGUACGGAGUUCAUAGGCAUGAUCAAUUGCACCCAGCCUAAUUAUUAAGUUAUAUUUAUCAGUUUUCUGUUGCCGCAUAACAAAUUAUUGUCAAUCUAGCAGCUGAAAACAGUAGUCAUUUGUUGUCUCACAGUUUCCAUGGCUCCAAAGUCAGGCAUGGCUUAGCUGGGUCUCUGGUCAGGCUGUAGUCAAGGUGUUGGCCAGGCUGUAUUCUCAUCUGCAGGUUUGAGUGGGGAAGAAUCCACCCCCAGGCUCACUCAGGUUGCUGGCAGAAUUCAUUGACUUGUAACUGCAAGACUAAUUUCCCUGUUCCCUUGCUGCUUGUCAGCUGGGGGCUGCUCUCAGGUCCUGGAGAGCCCCUGUAGUGCUUUGCCAAGUGGCCCCUCACAGGCACUAUCAUGAGGUGGCAGCUCACUUCUCCAAGCCAGCAAGGGAGUCUGUCACUCUCAUGUUGCUGAGAUGGGAUCCUAUGUAGGUCACCUGGUAUGAGGAGAGGCAUUCUUUGAGGCAUUUGGUUGGGUAGAAGACAAUCAUAACUUCCACUGUGCUCAAGGGGAGGGAGUUGUACAGGGUGUGAGCAAUUUGGGGGUCACCUUAGAAUUCUGCCCACCACAGUACCUUUCUGGUUGUUCCACGGACUUCUGUUCCAAAGAAUCUGAGCAUUUGCAUCCUAGGAAGAUUGGAAAGAGCAGCCUCAGUGGGGCAAAUAAAAAGUAAGAUCUGGAAAAUCAGCAGUGGGUUGUUUUCAUCUCUCAGCAAGUAAGAAACGGGAGGAGAAAGGAAUGUCUACAGGCUCCCAACGCUGAUGGGAAGGAGGUGUUUGGCUGGGGUAGAGCUCCACAGGAAUCUCCCUGGCUCCUCUAGCUAGGUGCAGCCAGGUUUUAUCCGGCUGUCUUUGCAUAGGCUGAGCACUCAGGAGUGGCAUAUGGCAGGAGCAUGCUUUGGGGUAUGAACCUCCUAGAUAGUGAACUGCGGCACACAAGCUAGACAGAUGGUGGCUUAGUCCACCUUGGACAAGAGUGUGUCCUGUACACUGGCAGGCAGGGUGCUGAGAGGUGUUUGUGAGGUCUGAGGCUGAGCUUUGCUGAGUUCACCUGAAACUACUCUGUGAGCACGAGGCAGUCACCUGAGGAUGCCGGCACUCCACCUGGGAUGGUGCGAUGCCUGCAGAGCAUGCUCACUCAGUUGAGAUGGGGACGCCAGUGACAGGUUGUAUGGACUGGACAAAAUCUGGAGCACUAGCUGGGAGGACAUUCUCCUAAAAGGAUGGAAGGCAGGUAAAGGCAUCAUUUCAGGCAGAGUCAGGAACAUUACCAUUCCAGCCAGAGUGUCACUGCUAGAGGGCCUACGUUUUCCAUGAAAUCAGACAUAUAUUUCGGCAAAGGAAUUACUGGGGCCUGCCUGCCUUUAGGUGGAUCCAUCUUAUCUUGAGACAGUUUGGAUUGUUUUGAAAGACGAUGGUCAUUUCACAGCCUUUAGGGUGUGUAUAAAUUUUAAGAAGACCAGCCCAACAGGGAUACUGUCUGUUAUUUGGCCUCUCAUCAAAGAGGAGGCCUGUGCCUCUGCAGGAACAAGUGUGUGUCCUUUGACAGGUGAGGACUUAGUGCCCCUGUGGCUGUGUGGAGGCAGAGGGGGAUUUUGUCCCAGUUUAGUAAUUCUGUGUUGUCAUCCUUCUCUCUUCCUUCCUUUUAUUACUUGUUGCUUAUCAUUGCAUUUGUAUUUUAUUCAUUUUGAUAUUUGUGCCUCUUACUGUGACAGCCCUCAAAUAUUUAACCAUUUUUGAAACGUGGGAGGGGGACACACACAAAAAAUCAAAUGGCUCACAGAAGUUCUUCAUCUUUCCUCCUAGAGGUUCAAGCUCUACAUUCGUGACAUCAAACCCCUUUCUUCUGCUGGGCCAUUUCCAAGAACUCUCAUCAGUUUCCAUAUAGUUUAAAAGAGGCGGAGCACAGAGAGCCGCAGCUGGGACCACGAGCUCCCGUGUGCAGGUGCGACCCUGCAGGAUGCUGGCAGUGGCUUGGCCUGGGGCGCCUAUUCUCUGAGGGCCUGAGGGCCAGCCCCUCCACCCGCACCAUGGCCUCUGCGCCCUGGCUGGACGGCUGACGGGAGCGGGGACCGCUGCCCAGGUGCCACACCCAGGUACCGCCGCCCGCGCCGGAGCCGGGCUGGUGGGCCGCAGAUGCUCCCAGAGGCCGGCCCAGCCGCGCGAUGGACUCGGACAGGCUAAGAUGGAAGUGACCUGAGCCUCGCCCGGCAGCUUCCUCGACGGGACAGCGCAAGAGUCGCAGCACGGGCUUGUCUGGGGAGCAGUAUGCCGGAAGCUGGUUUUCAGGCCACAAAUGCUUUCACAGAGUGCAAAUUCACCUGCACCAGCGGUAAAUGCUUGUAUCUUGGUUCGCUGGUCUGUAACCAACAGAACGACUGUGGGGACAACAGUGAUGAAGAGAACUGUCUCCUGGUGACCGAGCACCCGCCUCCGGGCAUCUUCAACUCGGAGCUGGAGUUCGCCCAGAUCAUCAUCAUUGUCGUCGUGGUCACGGUGAUGGUGGUGGUCAUCGUCUGCCUGCUGAACCACUACAAAGUCUCCACGCGGUCCUUCAUCAACCGCCCGAGCCAGAGCCGGAGACGGGAGGACAGGCUGCCACAGAUCAUGCAUGCCCCGCGGUCCAGGGACAGGUUCACAGCUCCGUCCUUCAUCCAGAGGGAUCGCUUCAGCCGCUUCCAGCCCACCUACCCCUAUGUGCAGCACGAGAUUGAUCUUCCUCCCACUAUCUCCUUGUCCGAUGGUGAAGAGCCACCUCCUUACCAGGGGCCCUGCACCCUGCAGCUCCGGGACCCUGAACAGCAGAUGGAACUCAACCGAGAGUCCGUGAGGGCCCCACCCAACCGAACCAUAUUUGACAGUGAUUUGAUAGACAUUGCUAUGUAUAGUGGGGGCCCGUGCCCACCGAGCAGCAACUCGGGCAUCAGUGCAUCCACCUGCAGCAGCAACGGGAGGAUGGAGGGGCCGCCCCCCACAUACAGCGAGGUGAUGGGCCACCACCCAGGUGCCUCUUUCCUCCAUCACCAGCGCAGCAAUGCACACAGGGGCAGCAGACUGCAGUUUCAGCAGAACAAUGCAGAGAGCACAAUAGUACCCAUCAAAGGCAAAGAUAGGAAGCCUGGGAACCUGGUCUGAUUUCCUCCACCUUCACUUCAGCUGGAGAAAGAAACCAAGGAGGAAAGCGGCCGCUGGGCCCCUCCUGCGCACAGUGUUGUUCAGUUUUACGUGGUACAAAUAAGUAAAACCAAAUGAGCAAACAUGGUCUUUGUUUCUGAUUCCUUUUAGGGGAAUUGCAUGCAAACUAGACUGAAAUGAUACAAACUUCCACCUGGUCUGACUGCAAACAGUGUUUAUUUGGGGACAGGGGUUGGGAUGGGGGUGUGGGCAGGGGAAAACAGAGAAAGGGAUGCUUUGAAGAUAUCAUGAAAUAAAACCCACAGAGGUAUUUGGUUUAUUUAAUUCUGAAAGGAGACUGCAGAUAAAUGAGGCCAGAAUGGCCUGCUUUAUAAUUAACUGAAUGAAGAAGGAAGGAUUAUUAUAUAUUAUUGUGGGGAAGAACCAGCCAGUUUGCUUUUUCUCCUAAGGUGUGGAACUUUUAUUUUGCUUAGAAAGUAUGAAUCAAAAUUCCUGUUUUGUGUGCCAAGGCAUAAAGUGGAAGAGUUGGAUGGAUGCAAGGAGCUCCUUUGUGUUGUGACGAUGUGUGUUCAAAGUUGCACUAUCUUAAUGUGGAAAAUAUAUACGAGGGAACUGUUUUACGUGAAGUUCUGUAUGUUGUCUUUUCACCUGUGGAUUGUCAUCAGGCCCAAGGAAUAUCCUGGAGUGGUCCCCAGAAUCAUCUAAGAACAGAUAUUUGGGAAUGUAGCCUAAUAUUUUACCAACUUGCAUAAAUCAAAAAAGUCGUUGUUGCAGGAGUUUGCAUCAAAUAGCAGUGCAUCGCUGAAGCUUUUGGAGACUUUUGGAUGGAAGAUAGGGAAGAUUAAGUCCCAGCAUUUCUGACUUGUUAUUUGAGUUACUCUGCUAAUCUUAGGCUGCAUAUUUUAUGAGAAAAUGAACACAUGUGUUUAUGGAUCCAGUAUCAUGCAGUACUGCCCUCAUCCUUCAGCAGUGCAAUUUCUUCAGUAAUUUAGAUAUUUUUCACUAUAGCAUGAACUAUAUUCAAAUAUAUACCUUAUUUUAUGCAAUAAAUUGUUGAAAAUGCAAGGUGGUUAUUCUGCAUACUGUUGAAAUAUGUGACUCCUCAGUAUAUCCCCAUUGCCUCUCCCCUUUCCUCGACAGCUCAGUUCAGUUCUGCAGGGCUGCUCAGAUCACAGGAGGCUCCCAACAGCCACCCCACAUCCAGCCUACCCAGAACUUCCUGCAGGAGUGGUGCGGGUGGUGGUUUCUUAUGCUUUGGAAGCCCCUAGAAAUGACGGAAGAAUGCCGUGUUGCUGAUCAUAAUAAGCCAUUGUAUGUCACUAGUAUUAGCAUAGCAUUCUUAGAGGAAUGCAGUGCUCAAAACCUACCCAAACUCCUGCAGGAUUCUACCAAUCCCUUCUCCAGGCCAGCCUUUGUACUGAAGGCAAGGCCUGGACGGUCAGAGAACAGUGGAAGGGGCAAGUGACGUAAGAGCACAGGGUAAAAAGCACAACAUGCAGUUAAAAUGCAACUAGAAAACUGAUUUUAAAUACCAUUAGUUUUAAUACUCUUGACAUUUAUAAACAUUCAUUCUUAUGUACAAUUAAAAAAAUAACUUUCUUCUGCAGACGUAAGCACUGGCUUUUAUAAGAGCAGCAGCCAACAAGUUUAGCAGACACUGCGCGUGGAGAAGGGCUUAUCUGCAGAAUGGUCUGCCAUGUGGAGGGUGGGCCUCUGCGGCCUCUGCACAUACAAGAUGAGCUGGAAUGAUGAUUCCAUGACUCCGAUCUAUGCAGCUUUAAAGCCAAAUCCGCGUGUGUGUGUUUGUGUCUGUCUGUGGGUCUCGGAGGUGAUCCCUCAGUGUGGUGGCUCUGUGCUAUAACUGGAGAGACUGUUCCAAACCCCAAGUCCUGUCUGAUCCCGGUCUGUUCCCUAUCUCUGUAGGUAGGUCGCUGGUUUUUGUUUGUUUUGAGGAUUGGAAUUUCCAUUACAUUCAUCCAUUCCACACAGUAACAUCCACAGAACUAGUCCAACUCUUAAAUGCAGAGGGAAAAAGCACGGGCACCAGUUGUCAGCUCAUGUCUACAACCCUGUGUGGAAGUAUAUUCAGUUGAGGGCCACAGUGGAGCUUCCGAGACUGGAUUCAGUCGUUCUAGUGACACUUGGAAGUCCUCUGCAGGAGAGAAACCAGCUCUCAGGGCAGAGAUUGGUUCGGGGCCAGAGAGGACCUUCCCCAACCCUGGAGAUGCCCUGAAGUUUCACUGGCUGCCCCGAUUAGCCUCUCUUCCUCUGUCAGGGAAAGAUGAGGAGCCCGUUUGCCCGUUGGGCCCUGCGGGCAGGGACUUGCAGUGGAUUCUUGGUCAGGUGCAGGAGGUGAGAAGGUGGUUCCAUCAUUCCAGUUCUUGCCCGCAGUUUUGGUGAAGCAGGGGAUGCGCCCCACAGCCCUAGCUCUCAAAUGGCUUCACGGUCCUUACUUCUCUACCUGCCUCAAGAAGGAGCUCAGAGCAGAGGCUUGUGAAGUCCUUAGCAACACAAGUAUAUGAAUGUUUUGCAUAUGUCCACAGUAUUGGCAAGAUAAUUAUGUAAUUCAGAUACCUUUAAUCAUUUUUCAAGAAAGAGGCUCGUCCCAUUCGCCACCCUAGAGAAUUGCCUUUGUUAAAUAAAGACAAAUACAUAUCAAACCAUGACUUUGAAAGGUUUUCAAGGCUGGGACUAUGUAGUGAAUUAGUUUAAAAGCCAAGGUCAGACAUGAAUUAAUAGUCCAUUUCCCUUCAGCACAAGGAAAAGGUGAUUUACAUGAGUAGCUCUUUUGAAGUUUGUGGUUGACUUGUUCAUACCAUGUCACCUCAUGGCUAGCGUGGUAUUGAAUGAGUGGAGAUUGUGAAGAUGCAGCUUACACAGUGGGGCCUAUUGUUCUUUCAAGAAUUCUUUUUUUAGCUUAUGGAACCCAUGGGUCCAGUUUAGUAACCAGUGAUUUAGGCAAUCAAUGAUAGGUUUAUAAUCUCAGAUUAUUCCAGCAAAGUGUAGCAGCAAAGGAUUGCAUUGUUAGGAAGAACAAUUGGUGGGAACGAACACUCCUGGGCAUACUGCUGACUUUUAAAAGUCCCUUGUUGCAGGUAUAGGAGAGCCAAGGCACCUUGAAGCCUACUAUAAGAACACAGUCUUCCAGCAUAUAUUUGCUUUUUCAGAAACUCUAGCAUUCUUUUUAAAUACUGAAGCAAUCCUUAAUGAAGAAGAGAUUUUGUGAAACAAAUUAGGUAUUUCAAUAGUUGAUCUAUUUUUGGUGUCCAAAAUUUACUAAUACAGAAGCUUGACAAGCAUGUCUUCACCUUCCCACCACAUAAACACAUCGACACACACCCAAGCCACAAGAAAUCCCAAGAGAGCAGAGAAUUUUUAAAAGAUUUAUCAUGAGGACUGCAUUUCCAUUCACUCUAACUUAUGAGACAGGAAAUAGGAAAUAGGGGCCAACAGUAAAUGGGGGCGGCCUCCUGACACUAGCAGAGGACUUUCGCACCCAGGCGAGGACUUCUUGGACUUCUACCAGUCUCCAUUUGAUUUUCUUCACCUUUAUUUCAUCUUCAUAAGAAAGAGAAAGGCUCAAAAGGAAGCACUUUUAGAAAGCUUCUCUGACCUAGAAGAAUCCAUCUAAAUCCCUGCCUUCCUCUCUGAACCAACAGCUCCUAUCUCCGACAGGGGCCAUCCUCUAUCUUCCAUCCAGUGGCUCUUUUUAGGAAGGCUCUGAUGCAGAGUGCUUCAAAUAUGUCCUCAGGCCAGAUACUGGUUGCUAGCACAGAGACACACAGCACCCAGCCCUGGGCCCUCCCUCAAAGGACGGCCUCGUGGUGUCAGUCACUUGUAGGCUCACAGACGUUCUGCUGUGGGCACAGGGAGCCUGGCCCGCCAAGCAGCCCCAACUGGAUGCGCCCCCUCUCGGUGUUGGGUGGUGGGGGGGGGGGUUGCUGCAUUGCUCGCUUAUUGAAUUUUGCUACUUAGAAUGACAGCAUUAACUUUGUGUUUUAAUUUUUGUUUAAACAAUUUUUUUUUUAAUUUCCAAAGCUCAGCAGUAUACGAGAGGAAAAAAACUGGGAAAUUUACCUCGUUUCAGUUAACUUUUGCAUUUCUUGCCUAAGUGAUUAAAGCCAGUGCUUGGAGCCAAGCCUUCACGCCACGAACACGCCCCACAGCCUUGCCCCUCGCUCUCCUGCUCACACCGACCUCGAACGCCGCGUGCUUGGCCUACCGAGGUAAAAGAACAAUUGAAUGACAGGUGUAAGAGGAGAAGCUCCCCUUCUUGGUGUGAGGAAAGUCACAAAUUAAGAUAUGUUGCUUUCAGCCGAGAUCCCAAAUGCUAGUUCUCAGCAGCUGCGUGGCUUACCUUUCACCAGUUCCACCACCACCAGCUGCCAGCACCUCCACAGAUCACAGAGAUGUGAACAAGCAAUGGGAAGCACUCUUAGCCUUGCCAUGGUCUUUGUUUUUUAGGAACCAAGAUUUCAGCAUUCUUUCAUACUCAGCACGCUAUGUCCUUUGCAGAGCUCAUGUUAUUGCCAGGGACAGUCAUUUGCUGCUGCUGCUGCUGCUGCUUCCCGAACUGGAUGCAUUAGGAAGCUGCUGUCUGAGUGUAGGAAUGUCUUACUAAGAAAGCAGGAUCUUCCUUCAUCCUUUUCUUUCUUCCUUCUGUGUGUCCUUGUUUUUGUGUAAUGCGGGAGAGGGUUAGAGCUAUAGAGAAUAUAUAGACACUAUCCGUGCACAUUACAUCUAUAUAUCCCCCAUCAUGUCAGAGAUCUGCAUGUCAGUUUUCAGCAACUAAAGGUGCCUCAUGUUGAGUUCAGCAGACAUAGGAACCAAGCCGCCCCUCCUGCACUUGAUGCUCCCACCUUUGUUGUGCCUCACUUAAAAUGGUGCUUUUUCAGUUGUCUGUCUUUUCUUAUGUUUUUAUUUGUAAGGUGCUGUAUAUAAGUUGAAUAUAUUAUGCACAUAUCCUACCCAAUGGGUAGAACAAAAAGUUGUUAAUACUGUAAUAUAAUGUAUAGAUGAUAUCAAUUUUAACAGAAAUGGCAUAGAAUUUGUGAAUGCCUAUGUGCUUUGUCCUCUUUUGUAAGGAAAUUUGCAAAUGGAUGCAUACAGAUUAAAGUCUAUGUAGUUUAUUUUCCUAUUAAAUAUCAAUAUUAUAACACAAGAGAAAGAAGUGUGAACAAGCAACAGUUUAUGACCAGCGUAUACAUAGCAAUGGAAAGUUGCAUCUUUGCUGUGAAAACACUUUAAAGAAAAUACUUUUUAAAAAAAAUCCAACAGCUUUUUGGUUGCCACUAGACGCUUCUUAUUUAAUCAUUUUAAUAAUGCUCAGCUGGACCAGUGUUAGUUAUAUUUGAGUCAGAAAAAUGUUGAUUUUUCAACUUGCUUUAUAAUCUCCUGCAUCUGUCUACUGCUGUAGCAUCACGAAGGUGUCAGGCCUCAGUGAAAAGUGCACAUUUUUGUUGUUAAUAUUGCAGAAACUGUGUCAGAGGAAAAAGUAAAUCAGCCUGCAGCAGAGGACUUCGUUCAGCUCCAGAGGCAUCUGUUCCCGUCUGUGUCCAAGUCUCUCUGUGCCUUUUUCUUUUACAAACUGAAGCUGUGGAGCCAAUGAAGUAACAGUAGAGAUUGUAGGGAAAGAAUACCUCAGGAAAAACAAAUCCAAUUCCAAGGAGGCCCUGUUCUUGGAAAAAGGGUUUAGUUAUGGGUUAGCACUAGAAGAGGCUUGGCUGUCAGCCAGCCAAGCGAAGCUCUCAUCCAUUCCCAUUCCUGCCCCAUCAUAAUCCUGACCCAAAAAGCAAGCUUGGUUUUGCCAUCAGUUAGAAAUUACGUUUUGAAUUGUAUAUUGUUACAUCUCUCUUCCAGUUUAGUUUUUAGUGUCUGAUUAUGACCUUUGCAUUAUCUUCAAAUGCCCUAAUUUUUUUAAAAAAAGAACAAAAAAGUUUAUAACACCGUGUUCAUUAAAACCGUGGUUGAAUCUUGGGUGUGGGUAUCCUUUUGAGUGUUAUCCGUAAGGGCAGUCCAUGGAAUUUGGCCCAUCUGAUCCAUAUCAUCAGCUUAUUCCGCCACCAGAGGAUAGUCCAAUAAAUUCCAAAGUUUCUAUUUGCUCCAUGGUAUAUGUUCUGACUUUGAAAAUCACAAUGGAAUCAUACCCCUAACAUCCAGGAAACAAAUGACCGAUUAUCCUUAAACUGAAAUGGACUGUACAAUGCAACUCUUAAGGCUGAAUGGAUUAAAAGGCAGCCCUUUUAGUAUUUGUUUAAAAGGGCCGUGAAAAGUUGACACUCGUAUGUGUUGUGGAUCCCGCGUGUCUAGACCCAUGUGUUGGUUCCAUCAUGUACUGCACCCCUUGUGAUUCCGCAUUAAGAACUGAAGCUCGUUACUGUCAAAAACAAAGCUCCCACACCCCAGGUUCAACCCUGUGCAAGAACUGUUGAGCAUGAGAAUGUUCUAGACUCAGAGGUGCAAAAAUUUGUUACCACAUCAUUGCUUCCUUUCUACAGAAGGAAUUGAGGCUUAAACUUUACUGUUAAUUAUACUGGUUCAUUUUAAUGUGCUUGUUGGUAUGUUGCUAUUUUUCAUGUUAUAGCUUUCAAAAAUCACGUUUUCUAAUUGUAUACUUGUCUAGUUUAAAGCUAUUUUAAAAUAUGUACAAUACUAUUCACAGCAUUUAGUUCAUUUAAUUUUUAUUAUACAGCAAUCUACUAAAAAGUACAACUGUAUUUGAACUUUUCAAUAGUUGGUUGUGAGCUAUGAUACAAGUCAUUAAAGUCUUUUUUAACAAACAUUUGUGCUUACUUUUCAACAUAAUUCCCAGGUCUAUACAGAAAAAGAUUUCCACCUGUCAUGUAUCUGCCUCUUUUACCCAAGCAAUGGUGAUGUAGUUCUUAGACCUAAGGUCUGUAAUUGCAAUACUUUUAAAGAACGAUGUUGCUCUAAGUGCUGUUCGUUAGUUAUGAAAUCAGAUUUUUCUGCUUGUUCUUAAUGCUGUGGUCAAACCAUAGCACAAAAUCAUUAAAAAUAAUCAGUGGCAUACA